AUUUAAACUCAUCAUGAGUCCAUGAGGUUUCACUUAGCUUUAUUCAAGAAGCAAAUGGAGGAAGAGCUUCCCGUAGGGUUUCGGUUCUAUCCGACAGAAGUAGAGCUUCUUACGUAUUACCUAAGAAUCCAGCUUGGUGGAGGAAAUGCCACCAUUCACAGUCUCAUACCGAUCCUCGAUGUGUUUAGCGUUGAGCCUACGCAGCUUCCAAAUCUUGCGGGAGAGAGGUGUCGAGGAGACGCAGAACAAUGGCUUUUCUUCGUGCCAAGACAAGAGCGGGAAGCUAGAGGAGGAAGACCGAGUAGGACCACUGGUUCAGGAUACUGGAAAGCAACUGGUUCACCAGGCCCCGUGUUCUCGCCGGAUAACCGAGUGAUCGGAGUUAAGAAGACGAUGGUUUUCUAUACCGGAAAAGCACCUACUGGGAGAAAGACACAGUGGAAGAUGAAUGAAUACAAAGCAGUUGAAACAGCCAGUGUAUCUACUACUGCUACUACCAUCCCAAAGUUGAGGAACGAAUUCAGUAUCUGUCGAAUCUACAUAAAGUCAGGAAGCUCGAGAGCCUUUGACAGACGUCCCACAGAAGCUUAUGCGAUAGAGAGAACGCUUCCUAGCCAUGGAGUUGAGACAUCAUCUCGUUCCACAUUAUCAACCUCACCAGAAACUUCACAUUCAGGAGGAAACCAAGUUGAUCUACCGGAGAAUGCUACUACUAUUACACAAAGCAUCUCAGAUAUGGUUGAUGGGCUAUCACAACCUUUUUGGGAAUGGGAACAAAUGAAUUGGUCUUAAACAUAUUAGUUUACUUCUUAUGUUCAGUUGUUACUAAAUAUAAAAGAGAAAGAUAAGAAAAAAAGUAGAAUAAGUAAUCGGAUUUGUAAAAUAACACACUUAGUACAUUGAUGAAGAUGGGCGUAGUUGUCACGACAAAGACCUUUUUUUUUGGCCUAACCGGAUUAUUAGGCCAAACUUGAAGAUUUACUAUUUUUUACUUCAAGUCUUUUUUACUUUAUUUUCAUUUGUGGGCUUUCUUUCUUAUUUUUGUUCGUUAGUUUUGAAUGAGUAGAGAUUGUUGAAAGGUUCUACUUGAUCAUGGAGGAUAUUUAGAAUACUUUGCA